CGGCGCUUCAGCAUAUCCCUCGCCCAGAAUGCUCAGCCUCCAUCGCGUCCGACGCAUACAUCAUGUCCAUCGCCGCGGUUCCCUCCCGCUACGCGAUCGCCCCCUCCGCCCCGAGCACCUCCAUCGACGUCCUCGAUCAGGCCUCCCUCCGCUUCGUGCAGAGCUUUCCUGGCCAUGAGAAUGGUAUCAGCGCUCUGCGCACUAUACGCAGCGUCGCCGGCCUCACGCGCCCUGCACUCGUAUCGAGCGGUCGUGAUGGGAGCGUGAAGGUCUGGGACGAACGGAGUAACACACAUAGCAUCAAGAUGACCGACUUGGGUAAAUCGCGCGCUAUACUUUCGGUUGACGUCUCGCCGGACGGGCUCACCGUUGCGGGCGGUACGGAUCUGCAGGGCGAGGAUGCGACGAUUUUGUACUGGGACCCCCGGCAGCCCGCCGCCCCCCUCCGCGCUCACUCCUCCACACACUCUGACGAUAUCACUGCGCUGCACUUCUCACCCUUCGAUCCCACGGGCUGUACCCUUCUCUCCGCCUCCUCCGACGGUCUUCUUAGUGUCUCUAACGCCGCCGAGGAUGACGAGGACGAGGCCGUCGUCCAUGUCGCGAACUGGGGCUGCAGUAUCAGUCAAGCAGGAUGGGUUGGCGCAGGCGGCGCGAAGGGCGCGAUCUGGGCAGCGAGCGAUAUGGAGACGUUCAGUACGUGGUCAGGGGAGCUCGACCGCUACUCCAGCCUCGACAUCAAGGUCCCCGCCGUGCAGCGCAUCGAUCGACCCUGGGUCACCGACUAUCUCAUCACAAGCCACAGCACGGGCGACCCGGAGCACCCGCUGGCGGUCUUCGUGGGGAGUAAUGAAGGCGACAUCGCCCUCAUCUCCGAGCGACCCAACACAUCCUCCUCUUCCUCCCCGUCCUGGACGCUGCACAAAAAAUGGCUCAACGGACACGCGGGCGUCGUGCGCUCGUUGUUGUGGGAUGAGAGUAACGCCGUCCUCGUCACCGGCGGCGAAGACUCCAAGCUCAACGUCUGGUCCCUCGAGGGCCCGACCGUGGACGACGGCGACGACGCGAUGGAGCUUGACGAAGCUUCACAUAUGCAUGAUGGAGAACAUACGCGAGGUCGCAAGCGUGGCGCGAGCUGGGACGGUGAUGAGAUGGAGGGCAAGAGGGCGAGGCGGUGACAGUCUCUGCGCACCUCGCAUUGCGUUGUAUCGUGUCUAGUCUUGUCUGAUUGUCUGUUGUUUGCUCUUUUCUAUCGUGUUUCACGCUUCUCGCAUGGAGAACUUUUCGCUC